AUGCCACUCCGCUACGCCAUCCCGCCCUCGGCCCUGCUGCGCCGGGCCCUCAGCAGCAACCCGGCGACAACGCAGCAGCUCGCGUGCCACGGUCCGCCGGGACGGGCCUCCUUCCACAGCACCGCGCCGCUGCGCGAUGACGAGAUCGACGGCGCGACCAACCACUACGAGGCGCUGAAGCUUGCGCCGGGGGCCUCGAACGCUGACAUCAAGAAAUCCUUCUACAGCCUGUCCAAGACGCACCACCCGGACCAGAACCGCGACCCGGGCGCAUCAUCGCGCUUCGUGCGCAUCUCCGAGGCGUACCGGACGCUGUCGUCGCCGGAGCAGCGCGCCCGCUACGACCGCGACGUGCUGGGCCUGUCGCCGCACGGCGGGCACCACGGCCGCAGCGGCCGGGGCUCGUACUCGUCGGCGAACCCGGCGGGCGGGCGCCCGGCCACGGGCCUCAGCCGCCGCCGCACCACCUUCACGGGCCCGCCGCCCAGCUUCUACCGCAGCGGCGGGUGGGGGGCGCACGGGGCGAAGCGCAGCGCGGCGGCCGACGAGUCGACGGGCGGGUUCGCGUCGGGCGCCGGGCCGGCGGGGCCCCGGGACCACCACAACGACGGGGCGUGGGCGGCGGCGUCGUCGUCGUCGGGGGGCUCCAGCACCGGCUUCGGCAGCUUCGGCGGCAUGGGCCCCGGCCAGGACCCGUUCCACACCGAGGCCGCGUCGCCGCACUUUGACCGCGAGGGCCACGAGCGCACGGGGCGCCAGACGGAGGAGCACCGGAGCCGGAGCCGCAGGCGGCGCAUGGUGGACGGGCAGGAGGUGGAUAUCGAGCCUGAGAGAGGCGCCACGGGCAUGUUCUUCGUUAUCGGCGGCGUGCUGGUGCUGAGUUUCAUGGGCCCAUUCGUGGUUAGCCGGGCCUGGAAUAGUGGUGAAAAGAAGCAGAAGUUGCCCAAGGACUGGAACAGAAAGGCGAAAGGGUGA